ACACCAGUCCUACGGCAUCACCCCAUACCAUGGAUGCUGAUGAUCUGCAGAAACUUAUCCACUUGCUCCAGUCCACAGAUGAUCCAUUAAUUCAAGAGCAAACUUUGAUCACUCUCAGCAACAGCGCUGCCUUCUCCGUAAAUCAAGAUAUAAUUCGAAAUUUGGGUGGCCUUUCUAUUAUUGGAAGGAUGCUCUCAGAUUGCAUUCCCAGGGUUAAAGAGAAAGCACUAAAUGCUCUUAAUAAUUUGAGUAUGAACAUUACAAAUCAGAAGGAGAUACAGGUAUAUAUCACGCAAGUUUGUAAGGACACUGAGUCGGCUUCCCUGAACUCUGAUCUGCAGCUAGCUGGACUCAGAUUGUUGACAAAUAUGUCUGUUACCAGUGACUACCAUCAUAUGAUGAUAAACUCAAUUCCAUGCUUUCUUCAUUUGCUUUCAGAAGGAAAUGAAAGGACACAGAUUCAAGUUCUGAAAGUACUUGUGAACCUGUCUGCAAACCCAGCCAUGACAAGACACAUUCUCAGAGCUCGAGGGCCAUCGUUGCUGUUACUUUUUGACAGUUGUAUAAACAGAGACAUUCUGCUCAGAGCCCUCGCGUUUGCAGCAAAUUUGAAAAAGAAUGUGAACAACGAAGAUGGCACCAUGCUUCAGAACCAGUACAGUGAAGAUUCAGUUUUCUUUACACUCUGUGGGCAUUCUACCCCAUUUGCUCAGAAAUUAGCAUCUUUAUUGCAUCACCCUGAUACAGAAGUGAAAGAGCAAGUUGUCAGGAUAUUAACACAAUAGUCGUUAAAAAAAGUGACCUGAUUAGAAUAUUUAUCUUAAGAGGGCUUUCAUACAAGAAAAUAAAACAUACUUUACUGAAUACUACCAUAUUAUUAGGUGCAAACCAGCUAUUACAAAAGCAAAUGCAGUAUGUUUAAUAGAGAGCAUAAUAGAUUUCUGAGUGAGAUAAGCAAGAGCGUACUUAGCACUGGCAUACUAUUAUACAGCUGCUACGCAUUAACAAAUGGGGAGGGAUAGUUUAAAACACUGAAACUUUUAUACAUACAGUGCAUAUUUUAAAUGGACCAGAAAAGUCAAUCUAAAUAUUCUCUCAAUGUUGUAAAGAGUUUUUAUUACCUUAUAUACUUAACAAUUUUUGAAUAAAUAUAUCUCUAUGGAACGGUGCAUUAAAGAUCUAGCAAUUCAA